AUGACAGGCCCUCUAACUUCUCUUUUAUACAGACUCAACAGGCAGCUUAGAGAGCUCAGCGAAUUGCUUAUUGGGGCGACUUUCGAUCCAUAUCGUGACAUUGUGCUGGUCACUGGGGGCUGCGGUGGAUUGGGAAAAGAGCUGGUACUGGUGUUCACCAGGGCCCAUGCCCCCGUCGUGGUAUUCGACGUGAACCUCCCAGAGCCAGAAGACAGGGUUCCUGGUGUUCACUAUUACGUGUGCGAUGUGAGCGAUCGCAAAGAUGUGCUGUUGAAAAGUGCACAGGUUGCUGAAGAAGUGGGAACAAUUACUAUCUUGAUCAAUAAUGCGGGAAUCACCACAGGCAAAACCGUACUUGACCUCAGUUUUGAGGAAAUUGAAAAGACAAUCGAGGUCAACUUGUUGUCCAGCUUUUAUACCAUCAAAGCGUUCCUUCCAUCCAUGCUCAAGGUGAAGAGAGGAUACAUUGUCACAGUGGCAUCCACCUUGGGAUACAUGUCACCUGCGCGUCUUAGUGUUUAUGGGGCCACCAAGUCUGGUCUCAUUGCUCUGCAUGAGUCACUUACCUACGAAUUGGGCCCUCCUUCGUUUAACACAACCGGUGUCAAGACUUUGCUCAUUUGUCCUGGCCAGUUGAAAACCAGAAUGUUUGAAGGAGUCAGAACGCCGCACACCCUGCUAGCACCGGAACUAGAGCCCAAGGAUGUGUCUAAAGCCAUUUUCAGCGCCAUCGAGUUGGGUAAAAGAGGUGAGAUCAAACUUCCUUUUUAUGGCAACUUCUUGCCCAUUUUCCGUGCUGUGCCAUGGCCCAUUGUCGAGGUUGCAAGGUACUUCUCCGGAAUGGACACCAGCAUGAGGAAAUUUGUGGGCAAAACAAUGGCAAUCAAGGAAUCUUCUGAGUCCGCGCUGACCAACGCAAUUUCCGAAACGGGCUCUGUUCUCUCGGGUCUCUUAGGUUCCGGCGGAUUCAGAGGUGAGGACGUGGAUCCUACGAAAGAGUUGGACAUCAUUCUAGAGUGA